AGUACCUAUUGUCUAUGACGCAAGUUAUUUUCAGGACUGAAUCAGACGAUGACGACGAAGAAUUUGUUAUAAGAACAAGAAGAAGUACAAGACGUCGAAAAAUUGCGAAAGGUAGAUCUUUGAAAAAGACAGCAACCCAGAAAAAGAAGAUGAAAACUAAAAAAGACAGUGCCGAUCCCAUCGAAAUCGUUACCGUUAAAAAGGAAGAAGGGACCGAAGGUAUCGAUAAGAACAAGAUCAUAAAAUGCAAAUACUGCAAUAACAUUUACGUUAACGAAAAGUGGUUUCGUUAUCACAUGAUGCGAGAAGAACGAUUAUAUUACUGUCACGAGUGCGAGUAUUUGGAAAAAAUGACCAAAGCCGAACUUAUCGAACAUUGUCUGGUGCACGGGAUCGACUAUAAAAGUUCGAAGAAUUUUUUCCGUCGAGCCAAAUCGAAGAGACCGCGUAUUAAACGACCCGAACGUUCGUUUUGUGAAAUAUGUUCCGCGGAAUUCGACACGAAAGACGAACUAGAAAAGCAUUACGACGACUUCCACGAGAAUCACUACGUGUGCGAAGUUUGUAACGCGGGCUUCAAGAAAAUCGUCGACUACACCCUUCACAUGUACUCGCACAGCGAAGACAAACUCUUCAAAUGUCCCCUGUGCCAUUUCACAUCGACCAAAGGUUAUAUAAUCAAGGCCCAUCUUCAAUCGGUGCACGAACAGUUCAAAAAGUACAAGUGCGAGCUUUGCGGCAAAGGUUUCUCGACUUAUACUCACUUCGAAGAACACAAAUACUUCCAUAGCGGCGAGAGACCUUUCCAAUGCGACAUAUGCGGCGCGAAAUUCAUGUACUCGAGGUAUCUGAACUCGCACAAGAGAUAUCAACAUCAGUUCGCCAAAGACGAGGAAUUAAAGUGUUCGGUAUGCGGCAAAAUAUGUACGACCACCAGGUCGUUAAGUAACCAUCAGCGCGUUAGACAUCCGAAAGACUUACUGGUAUGUCACUUUUGUGGCAAAACGUUUCGAGGAAAACAAAACCUUCUGUUACAUUCGCGAAUUCACACGGGCGAAAAGGCGUAUACCUGUUCUUAUUGCGGUAAGAAAUUCAGUCGGAGAGGUUACAUGUUAGAACACGAGAGGAUUCAUACCGGAGACAAACCGUUCAAGUGUCCGCAUUGUAACAAAGGCUUCUCGCAACGCACCAGUAUGGUCAUUCAUUCUAGAAAGCAUACAGGAGAGAGGCCCUACGUGUGUCAUAUUUGCGGGAAAGGUUACGCCUCGAGAAACAUGCUUACAAAUCACUUAAGGACUUGCAAGGGUAGUUCAGAAACGAAACUUAAAAUAGCAUGAGUAACAAAAGGUUCUGUUUGAUGAACUAGGUUUCGAUGGACUUUUUACUAUUCGGGGAGUUAUUUUGACUGUGUCCUAAUAUGAAUAAGUUUAUUUAGACACUAUGAAUCGUGAAAAUCUUUUGCUGUUGAUAUCUAUAUUACUUCUUAUAAAAAGCUUUUAGAGUUUCAUCGAAACCCUUGUUGUUUUUUUCAUUGUCUAUAUAGAUUUUUGAAAUUUUUCUCCAUUUCAACAAUAUUGUUACAUACAUUUCUUGACAUCAUUUUACAAGAUAUUGUUAUUUCGGAAAUUAAUUUAAUCCACAUAUUCUUAGAUAAUUUUUCCAUAAACUUUUCCUGU